AUGUCUUUGGUACCGUAUGACAGCUCAGAUACAGAAAGCAGUGAGGAAUCAGAUGCCAACGUGAAAGACGUUCCUAAACUCCCAGAAUUUUUUCAUGAUCUUUAUAGAAAAAGACGGAAAACGUUCGAUAGUCCCAUCUUUCACGAAGGAAGAAAACGGACGAAGGCUCAUGUGGAAGGUCUAUGGGCAGUUCAGAUUUACCUGGAUGUGGAUUUCCAUGGUCCCCAUAAACAAAAGAUUGAGGAUAUCAUAGCCUCGCAGUCAGAGUUUAGAAGUCUAUUUAUUUCAGAGUAUGGUGUCGGGAGAAAUUUGCACCUGAGUUUGUCAGAAUUUUUUAGAAUUGCAUCUGACGAAAGGAAAGCUGCUUUUACGACUUGGAAACAAGAAUGCCAACGCCUACAGCAAAGAAUAAUCAAAUACACGCUUCAAGACGUAUGCCUUUUGUUUAAUGAUGAGAAAACUCGAAUGUUUAUCGUACUGAAAGCAACUUUCGAAAAUGUAAAUCUCUUGAGAAAACUGUUAGAAAUUUCAGAUAAGUUUAUGAAAAAAUUCGAGGGAAAAGAGUUACGAAAGGACUUUCUUCCCCAUGUCUCAAUUGCUUGGGCACAUGCUAAGCAAGGCGAUUUUGAAGCUUGGGCCAGUUGCGACAGGGAAAAUCUACGAUUUAUAAAACUAGAAACACUACUGAAGCAGAUUCAAUCGGCAAUGCUAAAGUCGUAUACAUCCGAAAAUAACAGUAUAAAAAUGCUGAUGGGAAAUACGGUUCACUCUGUCAAUAUGCAAUGA